AUUAAACACAAAUGUAUCAAUAUAUAUCUAUUAUAGAUAAUAAACUUAUUCAAUAGGAUCUAAUAUGAUGAAUGAAUCAAGAAUAUCUUCAAGAGUUAAUCAACGAAAUGAGAAAUUAUGUCAUCAUUUCAAUGAAAUAGAAAAAGAUUAUUCAAUACAUGAUCUAACAGAUGAUGAUGAUACUGCUGCUGCUGCUGAUGAUGAUGAUCAUAACUAUCAUAGUUAUCAUUCAAUAUCAUAUUCAGAUGAUGAAUCUACUUCGAAACCAAUCUACCAAUCUACAAACUCUUCUAGAAAAUCUAAUUUCUCUCAAUUCUUAUUUCAUAAAGCAUUAAAUCUUUCAAAAAAACUUAAAUAUUAUAUUAUGCAUAGUAUUACAUUAUUUCAUGAAGAUUUAUAUGGUUUAUCAUGGUCAGAAGCAAAUGAUCGAUUACAAUCCACUUAUGGAUUAUCUAUUAAUACUAAUGGGAAUAUAUCAUCUAAGAAUGAUAGUAGAACAUUACGUCAUUUUAGUACAUCUAUAUUACCAAAUGAUUGUACUACUACUAAUACUACUGAUACUACUACUAAUACUACUAGCAAUACUACUAAUACUACUACUAUCCCUAUGAAUAGAAUGCCACGUAGAUAUUCAGAAAGACAUUCAUUAAAGAAACAUUCAAGACUUUAUCAAUUAGAUAAACCAUAUUAUAUACAAUGUAAAUUCAUUGAAUCAAAUAUAACUCUAUAUAAUAAUAAUAAUACAAUAGGUACUACAAACAAUCCAAUGUAUAUGGAUUAUGAUUUAAAAAAGAAUAAUUUGCCAAAAUUAUCUUUUAUUCAAAUAAAAAAUCAAUAUCCAAUCGAUAAAAUCAAUAAACAAUUCACCAUUAAUAAUCAUGAUCCAUUAUUCAUGAAUGAUUGUUGUCAUAGUAACAAUCAUGAUUUAAAUCGAUCAACAUUUAAAAUGAAUGAUAAACAUAGAAUUGAAUAUAAAGAUUUAAAACAAAUAGAAACAACAACUAAUGUAUUAAAUGAUCAUCAUCAUCAUCAUCAUAGAGAUUAUCAACCAUUAAAGAAUAUGAAACAUUGGUUAAUACAUUUAAAAGAAAGACAACGAAAAACUUCCAUGGAAUUAAAAGUACUAAGUAAUGAUAAUAAUACUAAUAGACGAAUUCAUAAAUCCUUAUCUCAUUGAUUGAUAUUCUAUGUAAAACCAUGAUGAUGAUGAUUCGGAUGACGAUGAUGAUGGUGAAACUCAUCUGAAUAUAUUGUACAGUGAUCUUCCGUAAUAUUUGUUCAUAUGAAAUAAAAGAUCUUUGAUAUAUACAGAUAUAUAGAUCAUAUGUAUUUGGUUUAUGAAUAAAUAUUGGUUAGUGUUUUGUAUUUUCA